ACAUUUUGGCGAUACUGACACAUGUUUGGCUAUAUACAUAUACAUACAUUUGUCGUAGAUUUAAAUUAGAGAAGGUUGGAUUGAUUUCUGUUUUUGUUACUACUGUUUAUGUAUUUAUUACUUUUUAAACAAAACAUGAUCGCGGCUUUAAAGUUACAAGUGUGUGAAUUUUAAUGGUAGUGUUUGAUUAAUGUUGUAUAGACUACGAAAUUCGGAAGAAGUGAUUUUUAUUAUUAAAAUAAUGUCAGUGCUCUUUUUGUGUAGUUAAAUUUCUAAAUAAACUCAACCAGCUUAAACUGAAAUUAAUCGAUGCCAACGUAUUACUGCCAUCAAAAUGAGUGAAAAAAAUAAACCAAGUUUAAAGCCAUCUGGAAUCAAGCCGCCAAGUAAAAGUAUAGUUCAAAAGACAGGUUUAGAGAAAUCUGUGACUGCAACUAAAGUAUCGCAAGGUAAUGUGGUGCCUUCAUCACUGAAAGAGCCUUCUAAAUCAGAACCGGGUACAGAUUCUGGUUCUUCUGGAGAUCAAUUGAUGCCACAUGGGAAACUUACACCGAAUAUAGACAAAUCGCCAUCCGCGGAGGAAUAUCGUGGCCCACUUGCAGACGUUGCGGAAGAGUCUUUCGGUGAAGCAGAAACAGAAUUGUUUAAACAUCCAAAACCGCCGUCUGGCAUUCAAAGAAAAAUGUCUAUUAAUAGUUGCGAUACUGAUGGAUCCAGGCCUAGCACAGACCAGUCACUUGUCCUGACACGUGAUACCGAUAGCUUCAUGAUUGGGCAACGUGUGUGGGUGGGUGGUAAACGUGCAGGACAAAUCGCCUACAUCGGAGAAACGCAGUUUGCACCAGGGGACUGGGCCGGUAUUGUUUUAGAUGAAGCCAACGGUAAAAAUGAUGGCUGUGUGUCUGGAGUAAGGUAUUUUCAAUGUCCGCCCCGACGAGGCGUGUUUGCACGUUUGACGAGGUUGACACAUUCUCCAUUACCUGAUAAUGAGCACACAACUCGACGAAUUCACGAAGACGAAACAAAUAUUAGUAUGACAUCCCAUGCUCAAAGCAUGUCAUUCAAUAUGUCUAGUAGCAAGCGUGCUUCUCCUGCGCCUAGUGUGACUAGUUUAGCUAGUAGAUCGCCUUCCAAAACUCCGCAAAUUGGUGAACGAGUAAUUGUACAAAGUACUACUGGCAGCAAAGUCGGCAUUUUAAGAUUUUACGGAGAAACCAAAUUUGCGAAUGGAAUAUGGUGUGGAGUGGAGUUAGAUGAAGCAUUAGGAAAAAAUGAUGGAAGUGUUGAAGGCCAUAGAUAUUUUGUUUGUCCGCCUAAACAUGGAUUGUUUGCGCCCACUUCCAAGGUGACACUCAGCCCUUCGGCUCGAAAAGCAACUCGAGCCAAUUCUCGAGAAAGUCUUUUAUCAUCGGCAUCUAGAAUGACAUCGCCGGGUUCCAGUCGUCCUAUGCUUCCUCGACAGAGCUUACAGGAUUUGUUGAAAGAAAAGCAACAUCAUUUGGAACAAUUGCUUAAAGAGAGAGAAGACGAAAGAACUCAAGCUGAUCAAGCAAUGCUUCUUGCUUCUCAGGCUAGGAAAGAAAACGAAAGGUUAAAACAAAAUUUGUUGAUGCUGCAAGAGGAGAACUUUCGACUUAAAAACCAGGUAGAAGAUGAAGCACAAAAAGCUGAAGAUCUGCAAUUUAAUGUCCUAGAACAAACUAUCUAUAAAGAAGAUUUGUCGACAAUAAAUGAUGAGCACAUAGCAAUGAACAAGAGUAAUUCGGACAAAAUUGUUGAGCUGGAGCAAAUGUUGAGUGAACGCGAUGCGCUCAUUAAGAGUCUUCGCACAGAAGCUUUAAACACAUCGAAAGUUCUUAGUCCUGGUGGCGGCAAUGAAGCUGAAAUAAUUACUACGUUUAAGCGGCAAUUGGAGCAGGCUCAAGAGUUGCUGCAAGUAUUAGAAGCGGACAAAAGGGAAAUGUUGAAUAACAUUGAAAAUGAAGCAUUACAGCGGGAUAAGGAAGUGGAGACGAUGAAAGCUGAACACAAACGAGAGACUGAGCUACUUAAAUCCAAAUUAGCAGAUGCAGUGCAAAGGCUUGAAACACUUUCUAAAUCCCAUGAAAUUCUUAGUCAAGGCGACACAGGCCUCAGAUUAGAUAUAAGUAAAAAGCAAGCAGAUCUCGAUGCUCAAAAACAAAACUUUGACAAGCAAGCUGAAGAAAUAAAUAUCCUGAAAACAAGAAUUCAGAAUAUGGAAGCAGAAUUGAAUAUGAAAAAUCUUGAAAUAACAGAAAAAGUUACGCAAGCCAAAUCUGCAGAAGAAACUCUUCAAAACCAACUGGAAGUGUUGAGUAAUAGAGCACAGCACUUAGAAAAAACUAUAGAUGACAAAGCUAUCGAAAUUGAGAACUUAAAAAAACUAAAGGUUGAUAACGAAGAUCAAAUAAAAUAUUUAAAUAAGUUGGUUGAAGAUACGAAAUCGGAAUUGGUUAAUCGCGAUAGCGCAAUGGAAUCACAAUACAUAAAUAUGAAAUCAAUUGAACAUAGCUUGAAAGAAGAGUUGGAUAAUAAAGUCGCAGAAUUUUCGCUAUUGCAGCGAAAUUAUGAAAGCGAAAUAAAUAGUUUGAAAAUAAACUAUAAAAACUUGGAGAACGAAAAGCAACAAUCACUGGAUACAUUACAGCUCAAAUUGGAUGCAGAGCUUACAUCUUUUAAGAUUAAAACAGAUGCAUUGGAAAAAGCACUAGAGAGUUUGGAAGAAAACUUGCGAAUUAAAACUUUAGAAUGUUCACAGCUUACUGAAAAUUUAUCAAAGAAAUCAUCUGAAUUUGAUAGCCUAAAAGAAAACUUACAGAAAAACAUUCAAAAUUUGGAAAGUAAAAUAAAAAAUCUGAACGAUUCUCUGACCGCAUCUGAAAAAGUAGCAAAUGAAAAAUCAGCCUUAGAACUAGAACGUGGAGAUUUGUUAAGGAAAUUAGAAGUCUUGCAGGAAAAAGUAAAUGAUUUAAAUAAUGCAAAAUCGAAACUCGAAAACGAUGUGGAAGAAUUACGUAGCAAUACUUAUGAUUCCAAUUCAGAAAUGGUAAAGAUGGCUGCAGAAUUAAAAAACAAGGAUCAGGAAUUGGAAACAACCAAACAGACAUUAAAUGAAAAUAAAAUCAACUUCGAAUCCACCAAACACCAAUUAAUGCAAGAAUUAAGUCUGCAGUCUGAUGAAUGGAAGAAAAAAAUCAUGCUAUUGGAAGAAAAGCUCAAGGCUUCAGAACAAGUGAAGUUAGAACUUUCUCAAGUUUUAGAAAAUGAAAAAGCAGAUUUUAUAAAACAGAAAACGGAUUUAGAAGGAAAGUUUAAUGAAUUACAGAAACAAAAAACAGAAGUAGAAACCAUGCAAAAAACUACUAUAGAAAGAACUGCAAAAGAAAUUAAUGAUUUGUCAAAUAACAUUAGUGUUUUACAGGAAGAAAAAAGUAAACUUGAGAUGGAAGCAAAAUCUAAGCAAGAUGAGCUGAUUUCGCAAAAUAUUGAAUUUGUACAGAAAUUGGAAGAAUUACAGAAGCAAAAAUUGGAAAUUGAUACUAUGAAUAAUGCUACAAAGGAGAGUACUGAGAAACAUAUCAGAACAAUGCAACAAGAAAAAACAAAACUUGAGGAGGAUUUAAAACAAAGUCAGUGUGAGCUAAAUUCACUACGAGUUGAAUUUGAACAAAAAAUAGAUGAACUACAGAAGCAUAAAACAGAGUCAGAAGUAAUUCAGAAUGCUACAAAGGAAAACAAUGAAAAGUAUGUUAGUGAGUUAACAAGCAACAUCAACGUGCUGAAUGAGGAGAAAAUGGAACUUGAAAAAGUUUUAAAGCAAAAAGAAGAUGAGUUGAAGUUGAAAUACGACCAUAUUUCUAAAUUAGAAGAAAAUUUACAAAGCAACAAAAAUACCAUUCAGGGUUUGGAAAAUCAAAACAGAAGUCUUGAGCAACUACACAAUGUAGAUGAAGAACAAAAAUCUAAAUUACAUAAAGAGGUAGAAACAUCAAUAAUGGAAAUUAAUGAAUUGAAAAAACUAUUAGAAUCAUUUGGUACAAAUAGUGAAAAAGUAUCUCAGGAAUUAAGGAACCAACUAAAUGAGAAAGAUGUAAUGAUCAAUGAACUUAAGAAAGUUUCUGCCGAAUUAGAAUCGAAGCAUGCUAGUGAAUUAUCCGCUAAAUUGACAGCAAAGCAAUUAGAAUAUGAUAAUAAGUUAAAAGAGUCCCAAGAAGAACAUCAACGAUUUUUGAAUAACUUGAAUAAUAAGAUUCAAGAAAUGAAUAUAAAAAAUGAGAAGUUAAUUCAAAUUAAUGACGAACAAAAUCAAUCAAUAAAGGCAUUACAAACAGAGUUAACUAAUAAUAAUAAUAAAAUAGGUUCCUUGCAGCAGCAUAAUGAUGACUUACAAAAUCAAUUAUCUGAAUUUGCUUUUAUAAAGAAUACUCUGAAAGAAAAAGAAAAAUUAAUACCCGAACUAUAUAAAAGACUAGCAUGUAGUAGUGAAAAAGCAGCUAUGCUAACAGCUGAGAAAGAGUCAUGUUUUACUCCUAAACUGACACUUUUAGAAUUAGAAAUUAGUCAAUUGAGAAGAGAUUCAAAUUUAGAGAAAGAACAAUUGCAAAACAGAAUUGUGGAGCUCACAGGAAAAUUGAAAGCAGCAGAAUCAAAUAAGAACAAACUGCAAAAUGCUGAGAAACAAUUGCAAGAGCUUCUAACAAAAAUAGAAAUCUUGAAAAUGAGCUUUUGGAAUUAAGGAGUCAUAGCAGUAUUGAUCCUGGAGACUCCGUGCCCACGGUCGACAACAAUAACUCCAAAUCCGAAAAUGAGUUAUUUUUGGACAGUCAAGUUCAGUUUUUAAAUUCCAUAAUCGCUGAUAUGCAGCACAGGCAGAGUGAAUUGCAAAGUAAAAUAGAUGUAUUGGAAGGCGGUAAU